GGUGAGCGCCGGGCUGUGCCGAGCACACGCCGGCUGGAGGGGACGGCGAGCGGGCGGGAGGCGGCAGGCAGCGCCGCGCCGCGCUGAGCCGAGCUGAAGGAGGGACGCGCCGGGCACGGCCGCCACCAGCCCUCCCCAAUCCUCCGUCAUCCUUCCUGCCGCGACCGCCGGGCCCCCUGACAGCCGGCGGAGCAGCAGCCCCACACGGCUCCCUUCCCGCCAGGCACGACUGAACCAUGGAGCUUCGAGUGGGGAACAAAUACCGUCUGGGCAGAAAGAUCGGCAGCGGUUCGUUUGGAGACAUUUACCUAGGAGCCAAUAUUGCAACUGGUGAAGAGGUGGCCAUCAAAUUGGAAUGUGUCAAAACCAAGCAUCCCCAGCUCCACAUUGAAAGCAAGUUCUACAAGAUGAUGCAGGGAGGAGUGGGUAUCCCCUCCAUUAAGUGGUGUGGAGCAGAGGGGGACUAUAAUGUCAUGGUGAUGGAGCUCUUGGGGCCCAGCCUGGAAGAUCUCUUCAACUUCUGUUCCCGCAAAUUUAGUCUCAAGACAGUUCUGCUCCUGGCAGACCAGAUGAUCAGCCGUAUUGAGUACAUUCAUUCCAAGAACUUCAUUCACCGGGAUGUGAAGCCAGACAACUUCCUUAUGGGCCUCGGCAAAAAAGGCAACCUAGUAUACAUCAUUGAUUUUGGUUUGGCCAAGAAGUACCGAGACGCCCGGACCCACCAGCACAUCCCUUACCGGGAAAACAAGAAUCUGACUGGCACAGCCCGUUAUGCCUCUAUCAACACCCACCUGGGAAUUGAACAAAGUCGCCGUGAUGACCUGGAGAGCCUGGGCUACGUGCUCAUGUAUUUCAACCUGGGCUCGCUGCCCUGGCAGGGCCUCAAGGCUGCCACCAAGCGCCAAAAGUACGAGAGGAUCAGUGAGAAAAAGAUGUCAACGCCCAUUGAGGUGCUCUGCAAAGGCUACCCUUCUGAGUUCUCGACAUACCUCAACUUCUGCCGCUCACUGAGGUUUGAUGAUAAACCAGACUACUCAUACCUGCGGCAACUCUUCCGCAAUCUCUUCCACCGCCAAGGCUUCUCCUACGACUACGUCUUUGACUGGAACAUGCUUAAAUUUGGAGCAGCCCGGAACCCUGAGGAUAUGGAUCGGGAGCGGCGAGAGCAUGAGCGAGAAGAGAGGAUGGGGCAACUCCGAGGUUCAGCCACACGAGCACUGCCCCCCGGCCCACCUGCUGGAGCCACUGCCAACCGUCUUCGCAAUGUCACUGAGCCCAUGGCCUCCACCCCCACCUCCCGAAUCCAACAGUCCGGAAACACGUCUCCCAGAGCAAUCUCAAGAGUGGACAGGGAGCGGAAGGUCAGCAUGAGGUUACACCGAGGAGCUCCUGCCAAUGUCUCCUCAUCUGACCUCACAGGGCGGCAAGAAGUGUCACGGAUUUCAGCAUCACAGACAAGCGUGCCAUUUGAUCACCUUGGGAAGUGAGGAGCAAUUGCCACUGGACCAGUGUUUGCUUAGUGUCUUCACUGUAUUUUUCUUUUAAAAAACAAAAACCCCAAAAAA